AAGUGGCCGGGCCCUAGGCGGAGGGACCCAGCGGAGCGGAAGUCACUCCGUGAGGCAGUGGCGACGGCGGCGGCGAGAGGAUGAACAACAAGUUCGACGCAUUGAAAGAUGAUGACAGUGGGGACCAUGAUCAGAAUGAAGAAAACAGCACACAGAAAGAUGGUGAGAAGGAAAAAACGGAACGAGACAAGAGUCAGGGCAGCAGCAAGAGGAAGGCUGUUGUCCCUGGACCAGCAGAGCAUCCCCUGCAGUACAACUACACUUUUUGGUACUCCAGGAGAACCCCCGGCCGUCCCACCAGCUCACAGAGCUACGAACAGAAUAUCAAACAGAUCGGCACCUUUGCCUCUGUGGAGCAGUUCUGGAGGUUUUACAGCCACAUGGUACGUCCCGGGGACCUGACAGGCCACAGUGACUUCCAUCUCUUCAAAGAAGGAAUUAAACCCAUGUGGGAGGAUGAUGCAAAUAAAAAUGGUGGCAAGUGGAUUAUUCGGCUGCGGAAGGGCUUGGCAUCCCGUUGCUGGGAGAAUCUCAUCCUGGCCAUGCUGGGGGAACAGUUCAUGGUUGGGGAGGAGAUCUGUGGGGCUGUGGUCUCUGUCCGGUUUCAGGAGGACAUUAUUUCAAUAUGGAAUAAGACUGCCAGCGACCAAGCAACCACAGCCCGAAUCCGGGAUACACUUCGGCGAGUGCUUAACCUACCUCCCAACACCAUUAUGGAAUACAAAACCCACACCGACAGCAUCAAGGCCUGGGAGGAGUUUCAUGGCCUGGUGAACAGCAGCGGCCGCUGAUCGGACGCUCCCCCUCUGUCUCUCACACUCAGGGGACAAUUCAAGCUUUCGAAAUACAAAAAUCACAUUGUGAAAGUACACAAGCUGGCAAUAAUCCUUUUCUGUAUGUGUGUGUUUGUCCAAAACGGAUGGGAGGUCUCCAGCUGGUCCUUCCAUCUGCUCACUGAAGGGACGUCCCUGAGCCCUGUGCUCCCCUUUUGCACUCAUUCCUGGAGGACGGAUUCCGCUAGACACCCUCCAGCAUCGCUGACUUUAUAAAGCGGAAAAACGGAAAACGUGACUUUGUGAUAGACAUACUUUUUUUUAAUGGGAUUCUGUUGGGGGAGUUCAGCCUUUUGUUUUGCUGUGUGCUGUCCAGAUGCCUCUCGGGCAUUCUGUGUGCCCUUCUCUGCUGUACGAAAGGCAUUGUGACCACGUGUACCAGCCAGAGCUGUCAACUGAGUUAUCAGUAUUAUGAAUGUGCAUCCAGGAAAAGCUUUUUGUUGGCGAGUCCCGGAAUAGCUAUAAAUGCUCUCUUCUAGCUCUGCCAUUAAAUUAUUGGGACCUUUUGUUUAUUUCUCUCCCCUCUUCCCCAGGCCCACCACUUUCUGAAACUGUGUUACUGAUUUUGUAUAGUCUCCUGCCUUAUGCCCUGCAGUCUUGCUUCCUGUGGGACUCUUUCCUUCUUAGGCACUGCUGCACUUAGAAUUUUAUUUUAAUCCAGUGGGCCGCACUGGUUUCCCUGAGGUGGCUUAGAAGGGAUGCCUCGGUAAACUAAACUGAAGCAGAAUCCAGUUUGGUUAGGGGCUAGAUUAUAAUAGAGGUUCCAAGUGCAGGAUUUGGAGCUGAGGGCAGUGUCUGAAACCAUUUUCCCAGAUGAGUAGGGCCUGCGUGUCCAGCCUGUUUCUGUGGGUUCUUGCGUGCCCCUCAGUAAGGAAGGGAAGCAAGAGCUGGUUGUUGCCAGGUAUUAACACUUAAUAUGGUAAAUUCUAUGAUCCUGAAACUGGGACAUCUGUAGAAAAGGUGACUGUGAUGGAUGGCUUUCUUUGCAUGACUGUGCCUGUCUGCAGUGGUUGGAGAAGCUGCCUUUAGUCCUCAUCACUGGGUAUAUAUGUUAGGAAAUGUGUGCUGGUCCAGGAGGCCCAGACAGAAACCUCUCGCAGGCCCCUGCAGGCACGCUUUAAAAUGACCAGUCACGCAUCAGAGAAGCCGGGUGAUCUGACUGCAGAAGGGCUGAAGUCAGGCUGGUCCAAAGGGCACCCAGAGUUGAAACAAGUCUGAGUAUGAGCCCUACAGCAACUCCAAGGAGCACUGUCUUACUUGGCUCUCGUGAGCAGAGAUCGCAGUACCUUAAAUUAAGGCCUCUCCUGAAACCUCUCCUUGAAGAUCGGGAGCUGUAGCCACCUGGUCUCAGAGAAAUCGUAGAGAGUGACAGGCAUUUCCUUACUGUGUUUAUAUUACUCUCUUCCUCUUUCCAACUCCUACACACCAUAUAAGCACCACUGUCUUGGGAUGCUUUUUCCUACAAGAAUGGGGGAGGACAGGGGCCAGAAGAGAGGUGCUUCCAUUACAGAGGAACUUAGAGCGGAGCAGAAGAUCUAACAGUGGUUUAAACUCCAGGAAUACGAAGAAUGAGUUCCAGUGCCCAGACAGUUGUGAAGGGCUCCGGCAAGUCCAGGAGCAUCGUGGGCUCCAGUGGGAGCAGAGGCUGCCUCCUGAGAUGUGCUCAGACCCCAGCGAGCUCUUCAUUUUGCCCAAACUCAAGAUUUGCCAUGAAAAUUCCAAAGAGAGCAGACAUUUGGAUUUGCCCUCCUUUGGGCCUCUUCCUGAUAUGUGUGUGUGUGUGUGUGUGCGCGCGUGCGCGCACGCGCAUGUAAUGUGUUCAUAAGUGAGGGGUUUGUCAGGCCGAGUGCUUAGGUGUAUUGUCCAUAUUCAUGUUUUUGCUUUUUUUUGGUCUUAUUUGUUCCGAUUUUUUAAUCUCCUAUGUUUUCUAGAGCUGCUCUUUGUCACUGCAGUAUUGGAAAGUUAUAUUUUUCCCAUCAAAAAUAUGCUGACCCUCUGCUGGUUAGAACAAGAGUUGUUUCUGUUAGGCAGCGUCUUCCCCCACAAGCUCUCCCGAUAUUGUGCCUGACAGCCUUAAAGGGGAGAUGGACGAGUCAGUUUAUCCAAACCACCCAUCUUCCAGACUAGCUUGAGAGGCCUGCUCAUUUCUUUUUGACUCCAUGGACCCCUGCUCCACUGAGCUGUGACACAGUUAUGGUUAUGACGUCACCUGUUCUAGAGACAAAAGGGAAGAAGGUGCACCAGGGCCAACCUAACAAACGUGAAGUGCUGUGGGAGAUGGAAUCACUUUCUACUUUGCACAGACGAGCUGUUUUCCCAUGGCCCCUCUGCUGAAUUUUCCAUGAGAAAUUGGCCCCUGCCCCUCUCCAGUGCUCUUCUCAUUUUAUCCUUCUAUUUGUGUGUGUGUGCACGUGUGUGUUCCCUUUGACAUUGGCAGUGGCAGUAGUUUUCCACCCAGAGAGAAGCUUGUGGUCCACGGUGCUCCAAGAAUUAAUUUCCGAGUAUUUGCCGGUGGAGGAGCAGAGGCUGAGACAAGAGUGAUUUAGUGAUGCACUUUCAGAGCAAUUGUCUACUGCAGUAAUAAAUGGAAACUCAGCAAGAA